UGUGGCGGCGGGAGCGGGUGGCGGCGGCGACCAAGACGGAGGUGGAGGCGGAGGGGGACUGUCCACUGGUCGCCGCGGAGAGGCGUGCGAGGCCGAGUCGAGCCCCGACGACGACCCUGCUGCCCCAGCCCGGCCGCCAGCCACGGGCUGGUCUCUGGCAGCUGCAGCUGCGCGGCGACCCCCAUCCCUCCGGCUCCGCUGCCCACCCCACCGCCCGCAGUCUUCCUCCUCUUGCUGCGCGCCCGGCCCGGCCUGGCCGUGGCCCUCCUCGGUGCCGGCCGCCAUGGCAGAGGCGUCCGGCGCGGGGGAAAUCUAGCCCGGGGAUUUCAUGCGGCCUAGCUUGGUUCCGCCUCCUCCUCCCGCGGCCCCGGCGGCUGCCUGCACCCCAGCCCUACUCCGGGCCUCCGUGUGUCUCCUGUGAUCGUACUGACACGGCCGGGGGGUUAGAAUGGAACAAAGUGAAGGCCCGAUGAGAGAAAGGGAAAGUUAAGGAUGCUGGAGCAGAACAAUGGAUUUCUCUUUCUCUUUCAUGCAAGGGAUCAUGGGAAACACAAUUCAGCAACCACCUCAACUCAUUGACUCCGCCAACAUCCGUCAGGAGGAUGCCUUUGAUAACAACAGUGACAUUGUUGAAGAUGGUGGCCAGACACCAUACGAAGCUACCUUGCAGCAAGGCUUUCAGUACCCACCUACAACAGAAGAUCUUCCUCCACUCACGAAUGGCUACCCAUCAUCAAUCAGCAUGUACGAAACUCAAACCAAAUACCAGUCCUAUAACCAGUAUCCCAAUGGGUCGGCCAAUGGCUUUGGUGCAGUUAGAAACUUUAGCCCCACUGACUAUUACCAUUCAGAAAUUCCAAACACAAGACCACAUGAAAUUCUGGAAAAACCUUCUCCUCCACAGCCACCACCUCCUCCUUCAGUACCACAGACUGUGAUUCCAAAGAAGACUGGCUCACCUGAAAUUAAACUAAAAAUAACCAAAACUAUCCAGAAUGGCAGGGAAUUGUUUGAGUCUUCCCUUUGUGGAGACCUUUUAAAUGAAGUACAGGCAAGUGAGCACACAAAGUCAAAGCAUGAAAGCAGAAAAGAAAAGAGGAAAAAAAGCAACAAGCACGAUUCAUCUAGAUCUGAAGAGCGCAAGUCACACAAAAUCCCCAGAUUAGAACCAGAGGAACAAAAUAGACCAAAUGAGAGGGUUGACACUGUAUCAGAAAAACCAAGAGAAGAUCCAGUACUGAAAGAGGAGCUCCCGGUUCAGCCGAUGUUACCUUCUGUUCCAACAACAGAAGUGUCCGCUGGUGUUAAGUUCCAGGUUGGCGAUCUUGUUUGGUCUAAGGUGGGAACCUAUCCUUGGUGGCCUUGUAUGGUUUCAAGUGAUCCCCAACUCGAGGUUCACACCAAAAUUAACACAAGAGGUGCCCGGGAAUAUCACGUCCAAUUUUUUAGCAACCAGCCAGAGAGGGCGUGGGUUCACGAAAAGCGGGUCCGAGAGUACAAAGGUCACAAACAGUAUGAAGAACUACUGGCCGAGGCGACCAGACAAGCCAGCAAUCACUCUGAGAAACAGAAGAUUCGGAAACCCCGGCCUCAGAGAGAACGUGCUCAGUGGGAUAUCGGCAUUGCCCACGCAGAGAAAGCAUUGAAAAUGACCCGGGAGGAAAGAAUUGAACAGUAUACUUUUAUCUACAUUGAUAAACAGCCUGAGGAGGCUUUAUCCCAAGCAAAAAAGAAUGUUGCCUCCAAGGCUGAAGUUAAAAAAACCCGAAGGCCAAGAUCAGUGCUGAAUACUCAGCCAGAACAGACCAGUGCAGGCGAGGCGGCCUCCUCACUAUCAGGUACUGAAAUUCGGAGACACAGCCAGAGGCGGCACACAAGCGUGGAAGAGGACGAACCACCUCCUGUUAAAGUAGCCUGGAAAACGGCAGCUGCGAGGAAAUCCUUACCAGCUUCCAUCACAAUGCACAAAGGGAGCCUGGAUUUGCAGAAGUGUAACAUGUCUCCAGUUGUGAAAAUUGAACAAGUGUUUGCUCUUCAGAAUGCUACAGGAGAUGGGAAAUUUAUCGAUCAGUUCGUUUAUUCAACGAAGGGAAUUGGUAACAAAACAGAAAUAAGUGUCAGGGGACAAGACAGACUUAUAAUUUCUACACCAAACCAGAGGAAUGAAAAGGCAACUCAGAAUAUGUCAUCUCCGGAAACAGCAUCUGGUCCUGCAGGCUCAGUAGAAAAGAAGCAACAGAGAAGAUCCAUUAGAACCCGUUCUGAAUCAGAGAAAUCCACUGAGGUCGUGCCAAAGAAGAAGAUCAAAAAGGAGCAGGUUGAAACAGUUCCUCAGGCUACAGUGAAGACUGGAUUACAAAAAGGUGCCAGCGAGAUUUCAGAUUCCUGUAAACCUCUAAAGAAAAGGAGCCGCGCCUCAACUGAUGUAGAAAUGGCUAGUUCCACGUACAGAGACACGUCUGACUCCGAUUCCAGAGGACUGAGUGACCUGCAGGUAGGCUUUGGAAAGCAAGUCGAUAGCCCUUCAGCUACUGCAGAUGCAGAUGUUUCUGAUGUGCAGUCCGUGGACUCAAGUUUGUCAAGAAGAGGCACUGGAAUGAGUAGGAAGGACACUGUAUGUCAGAUCUGUGAAAGCUCUGGGGAUUCUCUGAUUCCUUGCGAGGGAGAGUGCUGCAAACACUUCCACCUGGAGUGCCUGGGACUGACAUCAUUCCCUGAUGGAAAGUUCAUCUGCGUCGAAUGUAAAACUGGAGAGCACCCGUGUUUUUCAUGUAAAGUGUCUGGUACAGACGUGAAGCGUUGCUCUGUUGGUGCUUGUGGGAAAUUUUACCAUGAAGCCUGUGUCCGCAAAUUCCCCACUGCCAUCUUUGAAUCAAAAGGAUUCCGCUGUCCCCAGCACUGCUGCUCUGCCUGCUGUAUGGAGAAAGAUAUCCACAAAGCAAGUAAAGGUCGCAUGAUGAGAUGUUUGAGGUGCCCAGUAGCCUACCACUCUGGAGAUGCUUGCAUUGCUGCCGGCAGCAUAUUUGUGUCUUCCUACGUUCUCAUCUGUAGUAAUCAUUCCAAACGGAGCAGUAACUCUUCCUCUGCUGUAAAUGUAGGCUUUUGUUUCGUUUGUGCAAGAGGGCUGAUAGUGCAGGACCAUUCAGACCCCAUGUUCAGUUCCUAUGCCUAUAAGUCCCACUACCUACUGAACGAAUCAAAUCGUGCAGAGUUGAUGAAAUUACCUAUGAUUCCUUCUUCGUCAGCUUCCAAAAAGAAAUGUGAGAAAGGUGGAAGAUUGCUCUGCUGUGAGUCGUGCCCGGCUUCCUUCCACCCGGAGUGCCUGAGCAUAGAGAUGCCAGAAGGCUGCUGGAAUUGCAAUGACUGUAAAGCUGGCAAGAAACUACAUUACAAGCAGAUUGUUUGGGUCAAAUUGGGAAAUUACAGGUGGUGGCCAGCGGAGAUCUGCAACCCCCGGUCUGUGCCACUCAACAUCCAGGGCCUCAAGCACGACCUGGGGGACUUCCCCGUGUUCUUCUUCGGUUCUCACGACUACUACUGGGUACACCAGGGCAGAGUGUUCCCUUACGUCGAAGGAGACAAAAGCUUUGCUGAGGGACAGACUAGUAUUAACAAGACCUUCAAAAAAGCGUUGGAAGAAGCUGCAAAACGUUUCCAGGAAUUGAAAGCGCAAAGAGAAAGUAAAGAAGCACUAGAGAUUGAAAAAAACUCAAGAAAACCCCCUCCUUACAAACACAUCAAAGCUAACAAAGUGAUAGGAAAGGUACAGAUCCAGGUUGCAGACCUGUCAGAGAUUCCCCGCUGUAACUGCAAGCCGGCUGACGAGAACCCGUGUGGCUUGGAGUCCGAGUGCCUGAACAGAAUGCUGCAGUACGAGUGUCACCCGCAGGUGUGCCCGGCAGGGGAGCGCUGCCAGAACCAGUGCUUCACCAAGAGGCUCUACCCGGAUGCAGAAAUCAUCAAGACGGAGCGGAGAGGCUGGGGCCUCAGGACCAAAAGGAGCAUCAAGAAGGGUGAAUUUGUAAAUGAAUAUGUUGGCGAAUUAAUUGAUGAGGAAGAAUGCAGAUUGCGAAUCAAGCGAGCCCACGAGAACAGUGUAACUAAUUUUUAUAUGUUAACUGUUACCAAGGACCGUAUCAUUGACGCCGGCCCGAAGGGGAAUUAUUCUCGCUUUAUGAACCACAGUUGUAAUCCAAACUGUGAAACGCAGAAGUGGACGGUGAAUGGAGACGUUCGAGUUGGCCUUUUUGCUCUUUGUGACAUUCCUGCAGGGAUGGAGCUAACAUUUAAUUACAACCUGGACUGUCUGGGCAAUGGCAGGACGGAGUGCCACUGCGGGGCGGAUAACUGCAGUGGUUUCCUCGGCGUGCGGCCAAAGUCGGCAUGUGCAUCCACAACUGAAGAAAAGGCAAAAAACGCUAAGCUGAAGCAGAAGAGACGAAAAAUCAAAACAGAGCCGAAGCAGCUGCAUGAGGAUCACUGCUUCCAGUGCGGGGACAGCGGCGAGCUGGUCAUGUGCGACAGGAAGGAUUGCCCCAAAGCCUACCACCUGCUCUGCCUCAACCUGCCCCAGCCGCCCUACGGAAAGUGGGAGUGCCCGUGGCAUCAGUGCGAUGAGUGCGGCGGCGCAGCUGUGUCCUUCUGUGAGUUCUGUCCACGUUCGUUUUGCAAAGAUCAUGAAAAGGGGGCUCUGGUGUCCUCCGCUCUGGAAGGCCGUCUCUGCUGCUCUGAACAUGACCCUGUAUCUCCCGUGUCACCCGAAUACUGGAGCAAGAUCAAAUGUAAAUUGGAAUCACAGGAUCAUGGAGAAGAAGUCAAAGAAUAAAUGGGCAGUGAUUUCCUUCUUUUUUUAUUGAAACGAAGAAAGGAAAAGAAAAAAGUAGAGAAUGCGUUAGUACAAGAAGAGACCGCUGCAGUGCAUACAGCCUUGGCCAUCAGCGCUGCCCUAUUAAAGUGAAGAUGGGGAACCAGGCCGUGCAGGCAGAAGCCGUUGGUGGGAUCUGGUUUUUCAGUUUCGUCCUGUCAGCUUGGGGAUUCUUUUGUGGAGGGUUAGGUUCCCUUGGUCUUUUCUUGCCUUUUAUUGUGCUUCAAUGCCUUUGCAGCUGGCAAAAGAGAUGUCUUCGCUUUUAAAAUAAGAACAAAGAGAAGAAGUUCUGUUAAUGAGAUAAAUUUAAAGUCUAGGAUGUGUUCCUUGGGUGUAAAAAGCAAAAGUAGCCAUCAUUCCUUUAUUUAUUUUCAUUUUUAAAAAUUUUGAGAAGUGUAGUUCAGAUAGUCUAAUCUGUGUGUGUGUGUGUCUGUGUGUGUGUGUGUGUGUGUGUGUGUGUGUUUUAAGUAGGAAUUGCAGAAAGCCCUCUAGAAAAGGGUAUGGUGGUCUUACAGACCGCUUUCCUGAGCAGCAGGGAGGCUGGCUUCGCUUUCCCUUCCAGACGCCUCUCGUAGUCUUAGAGAAGGGCUCUGUGGGAGUAUUGAAUCUGGCCUCUUGAAAUCAAAAGGCCUCAGUGAAUAUUACCUCUGUGGUCUUAAACUAGGUGGGCUUUCCGAUAUAACUUUACCUAGAAAGGUAUAUAAUGUGGUUGUUGGUUUUUUGUUCUGGAGAAAAAAAGAAAUCGAUGCCCUCACUGAGUUUGAAACGUUCUCCACUGAUAAUGGGUGUUUUUGAUGAAGUGUGUCUCUGUGGAUAUGAAUACAGAGUUAGAAUGGUCAUUCCUGUUGUCUUGACACACUGGUAAAGGCAGCUAAAGGGAGUUGAAAGGCACAGACCAAAAGUUGGGUCAAAUAAGCACCAUUUUCUAUCCAAUUUAAUGUACACCCUGGUCUGACUUGGAGAGAAUUAUGGGCAUUUUAAUUUUCUGUCUCUGCUUUCCUCUCCCAAGCAAACAUUCCCUUUGUCAGCUGACCACUCAGUCACGUGUCCUGGUGAAAACUACACAAAUGAAUUUGAACUGUAUUUGAAUAGAUCUUUUUGUUCAGUUCCUAAUUUGGGGGUGAAAGUGGUAGCACUUGUACUUCUACAGGGUAAAUGAGAGCCACACAAACACACUUCAUGGCAGGAAGCACUUAGGGAGAGCUCCACAGAAAGCAGUGAUAGCAGGAAUGGUUGGAGCUCAUAGACGCAAGUGAACCGGAAUAUCUGCCACAGAACUCACUUGCUUUUAAUGCUUAGGAAUAUGUAUAUUCCAGGAUUCCCUGUAUGAAUUAAUUAGUCCUGUCAGACAUUGUUGUAACACUGUACUAAGUAGAAGCCUAGGUUUAGCUUGAAUGAACGUCAACUUCUCUGUGAAUUUUGACUGCUAACAAUUGCCGGUACCUGGUAGCAUUUAUUUUCCCUCAGGAAGUACCCAGUGACCUUAUAAAGGCAGGGAAGAUAGAUGCUCCACAACAUUCCUUCAGUUGUGCUGUGUGUUCCUUUUCCUUAUCAAUUUACAACUCUUCUCUGGAAAAAAGAAGAAAAAAACCUGUUUUGUGCUUCUUUUUUUUUUUUCUUUGUAUGUAAAUGUGCAAUUAUACUGGAUUUUUUCUUGUUAAAAAAAACAAACAAAAAAACACUACAAUUCUUUUACUUAAGCUCCUAAACUGCCAUUUGCCUGAUUCCAGCAAAUAAUUCUGAGGUAACUUAUUGGGCCUCCAGUAAUUCUGUUGAUUAGAUAUGGUCCCAAAAGAAAGAGCAAGAUAGAAAAUGCUAUAUGUGUUACCAAAUGCGACUGCUACAAGUCACGUGAAUUACAGCUCACCAAAACACUAAAGUUUGCUCUUGAGCAAUCAUAUAGUUUGAUGUCCUUUUAAAAAAUAAUUUAAGAAAAUCUAGGUUUUAUCAUACUAAAACUUUAUUUUAUAUAUGUAUAUGAUAAAUGUUUGCUUUUUUAAACUUACUAACAUGAAGGAUUUCCUUUAAUAUCUGAAAUGCACCUCGUGUUGAAACGGUAUCCAACAUGGAAUCUUAUCUCCUUGCUUUGUUUUGGACUUAGUGCUAUUUAAUAUCUGGUGACUUUUAUAUGGUAAGCCAGGGUAUAUCCUGUAUACUACAAAUACCUUAGGUUUAAGUAUUUUUAUGCAGCUUCUUCAUUGUGUCACAUUUUGUUUGUGUAUCUGUAGCAGAGAUCUGCUGAGGUUUUUUAAUUUGGGGGGGGUGGGGGGUUGGCUAAUAGGGUUGUUCUGCCAUUUCAGAAAUCAGGGCGGAAAACACCAUCGGUGACCACAGCCAUGGGGUCUUGGUCCGCGAGUGUCCUUUAACGGUCUGGAACGUGGCUUUAGUCCUGGCAGUGCCAGGGAGCUCUCCUCACACCUCGUACUGUUGCCUAGUUUGUAUAUUUUAAAGGUGCAGGCUAUGGAAGCAGAAAAAGAAUAAGUUGUGCUUUAUAUGUGCAUAGUAUCCAUGCAGGGUGCUUGUCUGUGCUUCGCCAAUGAAAUUUUGCAAAAGACAUGUUGCUCACUGAUAGCUGGAAGUUGUUAUUUGUUAACUUUUCAAUCUGUCUGUGGUCAGAGCAUAAAUGGUUGGGUUUUAAUUCUUGUCCGAAAAUGAAAUAACUUAAAGCAGCAUGGGAUAACGGUGGCAUUUUUUUUAACCUUAUGUUGGUUCUUUGGUGGAAGAAGCGAACGUAAGAUUUUUGAUAAUCAGCAUAAAUCUUCAGAAAUCAGAUCUGUAAGAGCUAGAGGUGAAAUCCUGGAGGCCUUCCAGGCCCUGCGCCGGAGGGGGCGUGAGGAGUCCUGCCGCUGGCUGGGAAGGGAGGGGUGGACGGCCCUGUGCUCCCGGCAGGCCAGGCAGAAGCAGCUGGAGGGAGUGAGUCACUUCUUUAAUAUCUAAUCAGGGCUGGAAUUAGGAGUGGGGUGGGUUUUAUUUUCAUUUUUCUUUUAACAAGUUCCCACCCUAUCCUAAUUCUCAGAAAUUCUCUGGCCUAAGCUAUAAAAUAGGCUGACUUUUAGAAUCAUUGAAACUUGGAGAUUUCUAUGUGUUCAAAUCAGGAACACAUCUAAAAACUAAAAAAAAAAAAAAAAAAAAAAAGGCAGGGGGAAGGCUGCUCCCAGCUCCCAGCUGCCAUUUCCCCAGAGUAUUUGGAGGCACGCCUGUGAAUAACGCUGGGAAACUCACAACGAGAUGAUUGCGGAAAGGACUCAGACAGGGCGGCUGUUGGACACCUUUCUUUCCUGACUCAGGAAGUAGAGUUUCCCUUGAGUAGCUCGCUGCAUGGUGUGUUCCAGUCAGGGUCCAGCCCAGAUCUGCAGUUUGGAAACAGAUGGGCCAGCUGUGUGGAGCGCAGUCUCUGGACUCCCGGGGAUUUGUUGCUUGUCUCUCAUUUCAUUUUAAAACAGAAAGCUCUUCUUUAGUAUUCACCUUAAAGUCAAGGUACCGCCGCAUGCCAUGUCCCACUAGGAUAAGAGAACAAGUUACCGUGGCGUCUUGACAGCUUGGGAAGCUCACACUUGAUGUCCUUCUACAUUGGGAAGUUGCUUGUGCUGUGCAGUGCAAAUUCGACUUGAAUUACUUCUUAAAAGGCUGAUGUGUCCAGCCCCCUCAUUGUCCGAGCUGCUGCAGACAUGAUCACUUGGAACAACUUCCUUUGGCCUCAGGCCACCUAGAAUUGGUCUCUGGUUAUUUGUAAACAAACAGUAGAACUCGCUUCCCUUUCCAGAUAGGCUCGGGAAUAGAUAUAAUUAGACAGCUUUGCCCUAUAUUGACAAAUAGGAAGAGUUGGGAAUUUGUAUAUACUGAAAUCUACCGACAUUUAUCCGGGGUGGGGUACAGGGAGAAAGGGGGUUACAGUAGGGUAAGGGAGGGGGUGUAGUGUUUACCACAGGUACGAAGUAGCCACUUUAACACUGAGACCUCUGCCUCAUUGAAUUCAGGUUUUUUAAGUACUUGAAACUCCUCAGAUUCUCCUUAUUUUACAGUUAUUUUAAGAUUUAUGAAGUAGAAAGCAUUGUUUUGUAUACUGUUUUGUCUCUUACCCUCUUGAACUUGGAUUAAAGGCGAAGUUCUGCAGACGGAAGUGUCCACAGUAGUUCUCUCAGAUUCAGUGCACACGUUCGGGGAAGAGACUCCUGCAUGAAAUACCAGCAGCAUUUAUACGAGUACUUCAUAUGUAUGUUCUCUGUUUUGUUAUUUUGUCAACCUUAUCCCCAAGCACCUCUUCUUUCCUUUUAAUAUAUGCCUGCGUAGGGAAAAAAACAAAAAUUUGCACUUAUGUUACUCUCCUGAAAUGCUGGGUAUAACCUGUGUGUUUCAAACCCAUUUCCGUUCUUUUCAGUCCAUUGCUUAAGUGACAAGUUCAGGUUCGUGUGGCACAUAUGUACGAAGGAGGAAGAGAAUUACCUGUCCUUUGGUGGCGUCCCAGAGUCAUUAAUGUGUAAGAAAAAGGGAAAAGAUGAAUAGUUACCAAAGUCAUUUAUUCAGUCCUUCGUUUUCUUAUGUGACAUCACUGCACCUGCUACUUGGCAAGAAAGCACCCUCGGGUUUCCCUUCCCCACCUGCCACAGACUUCUGAUGUGUGUGAAUGCCUCUCGGUAUCCAUCAGAUGACCUAAAUGAGGGAUUCAAACUUGUCAGUUUAGAAGUGGACUGGAUAAAAUUUACUUUUACUUUGUUGUCACUAAUAUUGCUCUUUAUCUCAUUUGUGCUGUCACAUGCCCUGUGUUAAAAAAAAAAAGAAAGAAAAUCAUGUUGCCACUGAUAACCAAGAUGCUAAAUGAUGACUACAACUGGUUCUUUUUAUAUACAGGGGUGUGUGCAUAAUUGGAAUUGAUAGGAGAAAUUCAUUUGUAUCCACUUGUGAUAUUGCACAACAAAACACAGAUACCUACAGAUUCUGCUCUCAUUUCCUCGUGAUCUUUAUCUAUGAUAAUUACCUUUGUAGAUUGGUUAUUUCUGUACUUUAUCUGUAAUAAACUUUGUAGAUCCUGUGAACUGUUAUUUUUUGCCUAAAUCCCUUGAGACUUGAGUCUUUAAUAACAAAGCAUCAAUAUUCACUAAGUCAAUCUCUUUUGAGUUUCUGUGACUUGGCUAGAAGCUCUUGACACUAAAGAUUAGUGUUCAUUUUCCCUGGGGGUAUUCCACUAGGGCAUUACUGUAUAAUGACUUGAUGUUGCCACAUAGACUUCAAGAUAUAUGAUAUUUUGGGGAUUUUGUUGAUUGGCCUAUGUUUUAUUGCAUAGUGUGAAACGUGUAAAGCUUGGUUAACCUGUAUAUAGAUAGCUUAGUGUUGACUAGUUACGGUGUAUUAGCAUUGCCUGUAAUAUUUAAGCUUCUUACUACUGUGUGUGCUGGUAGGAACAUAUAAUUUUUGUACAUUAUAUUUACUGAGAUGCUGCCUUUCUUAUUUUACAAAUACUUUGGAAUUCAAAUGUGUUUUUUGCUUCCGUGAGGAUUAAUUUGGAAAGGUUUUUAAUGACAUUCCACUGAUUUCAGAUUUUGCUUGAGGUUGACUUCAAUAAAUUGUCCCGUAUGUUGCAAAUUAAA